AUGUCUUCCGAGCACUAUGGGGUGCGGAUGUCGACGUCUUCGGGCUCGCGCUCAGCUUCGGGCGCCUUACUCUCAAGCCCUCCUAUCGAGUUAAAUAAUGAUCUCAGCCCUUGCGCCGCUACCGCAUCAUUGUUUCUAUUCUCACAAGGCCCGACCGUUAUCGCUCUACAUCAUGACAGCUUGGCCGUGGACCGGAGGUUUCACCGUCAUCGCGACGAUGUCCAGAUAAUAGCCGUUGAUAAUGUUAGUGAAAGAGGGGCCGGGCGUUUGGUGGUUAGUUAUGACAUUGGCCACACUGCGAUAAUAUGGGAUCUUUUCACCGGUCAAGAAAUUACCCGGUUUGUCUCAUUUGAACCUAUCAGAGUUGCUACUUGGCUUCGGAAUGGACAUGUUGCAUUUGGAAACAUCAAAGGUGAAAUCAUAUUGUUUGAGCCAUCAACCUCGGAACACAUAUCUGCCCGCACGAUAUUUGACCCAAUCACUGCUUUGGCUCCAACAAUGGAUUGUAACACCUUUGCUAUAGGAUAUCUCAACGGAUCCAUUCUAAUUGCUACCCUUCUUCCAACGUUUACCAUUUUGCACACCCUCACAACUACUAGGGGCCCGUCACCUGUCAUUUCUCUUUCCUGGCAUGCUUCAUCAACCAAGCAGAAAACCGAUAUGUUGGCAUCCCAAACUAUAGACGGCGAUUUAUUUGUUUGGAGCGUAGCCAAACAGCCAUCCACAGAAUCACCCCGAGUUAUAAGAGCCUUGAAGAAAUCUGAAUCAAAUAACACCAGUCCCAAAUGGUUGGCUUGGUCGAAAAACGGCCGCAUUGUUCAGCAUAAUGAUGGGGAGAGUUUGGCGUGGGAUGUCAGAACAAAAAAUGUUUCGUAUGAAACCAUACCAACCAUCCAAGGCAUUCAAGGCAUAGCAAACUAUGGACCUACUGCUACACUUUUCACUAUGGGCCCGAACCAUACUAUACAACAGUAUGAUGUAGCAAACGCUGUAAUGGUUGCAAAUGCACAGCACAUUCCGCAGAAACCAGAUCUACCUGUCGAGCAGCCCCCAGCUGCCGAGAGUGCCCUCACAGUCGAGACCCUGGCGAAACACACUGCAUCCGAACAGAAACACAAAAGCCGCCCAUCACAAGGGUCUUUGCCUGGCGUUGAGUCUAAACUGGACUUGGUUCGUGCUGAGGCUUCAAAGAGUCCGGGAUCAGGAUACAGUGUACCUAUUUCGAAUGGUUCUAGGCCCCGGAACCGCACACCAUAUGCUCCCCGCCCUCCUGGCUCCAAUUAUAGUGGUUCAGCAACCACCUUCUCCCUUGGGUCUCCUAGGCCAUCCAUUGCAGAAACCCUUCACUCUGGCUACUCCGCGCGGUAUGCCAUGUCAAUGAACUCCACAGAGUCUACCUUGUCCAAGCUGCGCCCUGUUUCUAUUCCUGGAAUCUGGGAUGACCCAGUUACCGACCUCUUCCCCUACAUACGCGCUCGAUUAAAUAGCGUAUCAAUAAAUCCUUCUCGCAGAUUUGAUGACCCAAACCUUGGACCGGAUGAACUACGAAGGCAAAUGUUGACAGUGAUAUUUGGAUGGGAGGGAAACAUUGAAGACCUGAUACGGAGUGAAUUUAAACAACAUACCUAUGGCUCACAACACUCAGCUAUCCUAGCAAGGUGGCUACUUCCAUCUGAGUCUGAUAUAAUGGUGCCUAUGGUUGAAGCAUCAACCUCUUCAUAUGUCAAUUGGAUGAUUAUGGCCCUUAGCUUAUUGACCAAGAAAGAAGCCUCAAAGGAGCCUGGCCAGGCACUUGCGAAAAAGCUUAUAGCUUCCAAUGACCCCCACGCAGCCGCGGCGGUCUUGAUGGGUAUUGGGGAAGGAGAACUUGCGGUUGAGCUUUAUGUGUCCAGGAACCAGUUUAUGGAAGCCGUGCUUCUAAGUUGUUUGUUGACACCAGCUGCAUGGACCAGGCAAUCGUACCUUGUUCGCAAAUGGGGAGAACACGCGGCUAUCAACUCACAGCAGCACUUAGCACUGCGUUGUUUCUCCUGCACUGAAACGGCAAAUCCCGUAUCUUGGAAAGGUCCUACUAGUCAUCCCUCUGGCUCCAACCCGCCCUCAGAGAAAAACCAAGUUACCCCGAUGAACGGCCCACCUUUGAAUAACUUAUCCCCAACUUCUCGUCUGAAGAAUCAAUCUCUCAAGCUCAUAACUUCAUUUGGUUCAAAUAAUAACUCUACCUUCCAGUUCCCUGGUCUUGCAUCUGCCGAUAGAACCCCUACCAAUAUGCCUGGGGUUACUCCAAUCGAUGCUGGGCUAGGAGACCAAAUGUUUUCUCCUGGAGGUUACAAUAGUAGCCUUCGGCCAGGUGGUCAUCGAGGCCAAGGAACCACUCCAGUUUCUCGUACCCAUCCUGCAAGCUUUGGGAGGGAACGUCUUCCGUCCAUCGGAGAGUCACCAAACGAUCCUACCCCAACUGUAUCAGCACCCAGGAGCCGCCUUCCAGUUGACCAGUCCUCUGAAUCCGACAAAGAAAUAAAAGUGAUUGACGUACCGCUUGUACCUCCACCAGUGUCAAACUUGAACCAAACUACCACGGAAACCCUCGAGUAUUUAACACCAGCCAGAUACACCCCAUUAAAUGAGUCCAUGAAGGAGAAGGAAACGCCCAUGACAGCCGUACCACCAGAUAGGACCCUGAGUUCCUCUUCGGGCCGGGAAAACAAACUGGAGACUGCAUUAGGACAGAAUCAGCGGAGUAGCAACGGCUCACAAUCCCGCAAACCUGACGGGCUGCAGAUACAGUGGCCUCCUGUGGACGAUCAGUCAUCAGAGGAUCCGCCAUCGGAGGAAAUGUAUUAUCAACAGCCGUCCUCUAACCGCCGAAAUGGCGAGAGGGGGGAUGGCGUGAUGAGUCCAACUGCCUCUACCAGAAGCGCAAGGUCAGGUACAAGUGUACCUUUAAGUGCAAAAAGUCUCGACAAGUAUAUCAGCAGCCUUGAUGGAGCCAGUUAUCAUGCUCAGAGACAAAAGCCACACAAGAAAUCUGGCUCAAGAGCAAGCUCGAAGGAUCCCAAUGGACGUGGGAGAAGCAAACAGAGAUAUAUCCAGCCAGCUAAGAGGUCACCAUCAUCACCCAUUCCCAUGUCACCAGAGGACAUCGCUCUCUACUCGUCCUCUUCUAAAGACUACGUGGGAGUUCGGCCGCCGUCGCGAAAUGGAAGGAUGAGUAGCCGAAUGCGCAGCAACAGUCCUGGAGCUAGAAGCCGGGUAUCAGGACGAAGCACAAGCAGACGUCGAGAUUUCGAUCGCUCAAUAAGGUCACCAACAUCCCCUGUGCCGAUGUCUCCCGCUGAAAGCAGUGGAGAUAUUGACCACAGGUUCAGGCUGUUGAAUGCCGAGCGGAAACAGCGUUAUAAAUCCAGGGAGCGGAGUGCAAAUAGACGCCACAAUCGUAGUAGAAGUGCACCUCGAUACUCUUCAUCUGAGCAGAGGAAUGGAACCGAAAAAGAUAGUGAUACCAGUGGAGAAACUGGCAAUCGUUCUGAUCCAGUCUACCCGGCAUACAACUCGAAUGAUGAGCAACCGCAACCACAGCUGCCCGGUAAUAACCAGAUUGACAAUCAGCUUGAUGAACACGGCAGGAAACGGUCUGCUGCGGCGGAGCUUGAGGCUCGCCGUCAAUCUCUAGCUCGUCGGCCUUCUGCUCCCCCCAUCCCACUCCCUGGAGAGGCAAGCCUCAACCAAAUUCUCUCUGGUCGUCCUUCUCCUUCCCCCGGCCCACAAACUCAUGGUAGAUCCAAUAGCUCUUUUAGCCAAAGGGCUAUGUCGAAAAGCACAGGACCUACCCCAUCUAGCCUAAAUGAGCGUGUUCCGUUUACCAUGCCAAUUGGACUUCCUGCUACCCCUAGGGCUAUGAGACAUCCUAAAUACAGCACCGGAUACAACGACUCUGAUGCACCUGAAGUACCUGAAGUACCACCCCCGGAUGCAUUCUAUAGCUAUGAGAGAAGGCCAUCUUUCAAUAUCCCCCGCUCCAUGUCUGCUCCAAUUCCAGCGGAAGAUGGUAUGCCAACUCAUCCUCAUUUCCAGCGUCAACUUCCUAGUAGCCGGACAAACCGAACUCCAGGUCACAAACGUGAGCCGUCAAACGAGGGUAUGACACUGGAAAAUUCCCGAGUAGAGAACCUACGAGCUGAACAUUCCCGUAUACCCUCCGGUCCACCACCUCCUCUCCUUCCAGAGUUACAACAUUUACAUGCCACUGCUACUCCUCCGCCGCCACCACCUCCACCGGCGCCUCCAUCACGCCAACCACCGCCGCCAGCUGCAUCUGUGCAAAAUGAUGGUCCAACGCAUGACGAAGGGCGAAACUCCCUCAUCUCUGGAGUCGGUACGAUAAACAUUGCGAUUGAUGAUUCUCACAGCCCCGGGCUUUUUGGGCCCCCUAACCCGAACCCCAACUUCCGCGCAGCAUCGUUACCCGCACAUCAGCAAUCGCUGCACCAGCUAGAGGGCAACAUGAGAGCAUCUGCUGAUCCCCACAAACGAGGCAGGAGUGUCAACGAUAAUGUACAGUUCAAGUUUCGCAACCUUACUGACCGCAUGAGGAGCUCAAGUCGACCCCGUAAUGGACGUUCCCCUGCUUCAGACCGUCAGGAUGUGUGUUCUCCAUACGAGAGCCUGGCAAUAAACGGUCCGAUUGAGAACAGAAUCUAG